AUGGUUGAGUAUGAGUCUACUACCUCACAGCCUCUUUGUGUGGCCAUCUCAAGUAAGGCGGAAAAUGAGGAGCAGAGUCCCCGAACGGAGACACGUACCUUCAGCCAGGAACAAGAUGGCCGGAGAGAGAGGACGCCGCAAGCAGCUUCAAGGCUUUCUGACUUAGAUAUCAUCAAAAGUGCCGAAUGGUCCGCUGAUGGAACUACGUUAUUGACCGACUCGGCAGACCAUCAUAUCAGGAGCUACAUUUUGCCACCAGACUUACUUGAAGAGAGACCAUCACCUAUCCACCUCUUACCCUAUUCGACACUGGCCUCUGCUGAACCGACAUACGCCAUGGCCAUGUACCCUUUUUUCUCCCUCCAAGACCCUUCCACCACCUUGUUUCUUUCCUCCGUGAGAGACCACCCAAUAAGACUGGCAUCUGCUUUGGCGCCAAUGCAGAUGGCGUCUUAUUCGCUGGUCAAUCCCAUGACAGAGGCUUUCAUUACACCCCACUCAAUGAUCUACCCACCUAGUUUAGGGGGCACCCAAUUCCUCACUGGAUCCGAUAGCCUCAUCUGCCUGUUCGAUGUUUCGCGACCAGGAAAUGACGGGCCUAUCACAACGAUGCCUACCAUACCAAGUAAGCGCAAACAAGUGGUGGGCGGUGGUGUUGGCAUGAAGGGCAUCGUUUCUGCACUGGCCGUGGAUCCAAGCGCACAAGGCAUCUUGGCUGCAGGGACAUUUACGCGACACGUCGGGCUCUAUGACUCGCACGGAAGCGGGCAAUCUCUGGGAACGUUCAGCAUCGCGAAAACAGAGGCAGAUCCUCACAUAGGAGGGCGCGGGGUCACGCAACUCUUAUGGAGUCCUUGUGGACGGUAUCUUUAUGUCGCUGAACGCAAAAGUGAUGGCGUCCUGGUUUAUGAUAUCCGAGUGACCGGCCAACUGCUUGGGUGGCUGCAAGGGCGCAAGGCUUUCACUAACCAACGCAUGAAGAUCGACGUGGUGGCCACGGGCCAAGGAGAUUCGCAUGAGAUCUGGGCGGGAGGAACUGAUGGCUGCAUGCGAGUUUGGCAGAACCCCACGUAUAAUCCUGGAGCACAGGAACCGAAGUGGGAGUGGAAGGUUCAUGAUGAGUCAGUAAGCAGUACUGUGGUGCAUCCUUUGGGCAAUGUGGCUGCAACAACUUCAGGGCAAAGAUACUUUGCGGACGAACCUGACGACAGCAUUCUGCCUCCUAAUCCGCGGACUGACAGGAGUCUGAAAGUCUGGUAUAUGCCGUUCUUGAACGAUAGCAACAAUGACGAUUCAGUCACGAGUUGAGGCACUUAGAUGAAAGGGAAUCUCAUCGAAUUGAACCUUCGAACCCUAGGACUCGAUGCCAACAUCAGCCUAUCUCGUCGGGGCACGGCUU